GCCCCGCAGGAUCGAAAUUAAAUAUUUUUUUUUUUUACCCUUUCCUUAUUAACUUUGAUGAGUACACCCAGUGUCGAUAAUACAUCCGACGACAUGGCUGCCUAUCUUCUUAGUGUGGCUGAUAAGCUUCAAUCCAAAGUAGAUGAUGUCAGCAACAAUAUGAACAAAAAAUUGGAAGAAAUGUCUAAACGAAUUGAUACUUUAGAACGCAGCGUUAAGCAAAUGGAACCACCCAGCGAGCCCGUACAAGAAUAAAACAAAAAUAAAAAGCAUUUAUUAUUUAUAAAUUGAAAGAU